UCCUGCAAACCGGACCUUGAGUGUGAAGUUCGGGAAAGGGGGAUACAAUAAAAGACGGCAAAAAGACUGCAAUCAAUGUUCCAGCCAUUACUAAGAGUACCGGUAUGAUGAAAACCACAGCAAACUCAAACAUACAAUAAAGACAUCAGAUAAUAUAUUGACGUGGAAGGGAAACAUACUAAUACAUUUGGAUCCCCGUCUAAAAAAAUAAGUUUGGACUUCUAGCAUGGAGGUGUCCCAUGUGAACAAUAGCAGUCAUCACGCCUGGUGGAAAGAGAUGCCUUGGGGCGACACAGACGAGUGCAACUCCUCCUGGAGUGGCACCACCUUCCUGAUAGUUGCCUACAGCGCACUGGUCGCAGUUGGCCUUAUCGGUAACACCUGCCUGGUGUUUGUCAUCACACGGCAGAAGGAGAUGCGGAAUGUCACCAACAUCUUCAUCGCCAACCUGUCCAUCUCUGACAUCCUCAUGUGCAUUGUGUGCCUGCCUGUCACCAUCAUCUACACCCUGAUGGACCGCUGGAUCCUGGGGGAGGCACUCUGUAAGGUCACACCCUUUGUCCAGUGCAUCUCUGUCACAGUUUCCAUCUUCACCCUUGUCCUCAUAGCCAUGGAGCGCCACCAACUCAUCAUCCACCCCACUGGAUGGAAGCCCAUGGUGCGCCACUCCUACCUGGCUGUAGCCAUCACCUGGUUAGUGGCAUGCUUCAUCUCUCUUCCUUUCCUCUUCUUCAACGUCCUCGACAACAGUCCUUUCCAGAACAUGAGCCUCCCCUUCAAUCUCUUCACUGACCACUUCAUCUGUAUGGAGCGAUGGCCCUCAGAGCACAACCGACUGGCCUACACCACCUCCCUGCUGCUCUUCCAGUACUGCCUUCCCCUCAUCCUCAUCUUGGUCUGCUACCUGCGCAUCUUCCUGCGUCUCCGACAGAGAAAAUACAUGGUGGAGCGAGCCAGGGACAACUGUCAGAAGAAAGCCAAGGGAUCAAAGAGGAUCAAUGCCAUGUUGGCCUCCAUUGUGGUAGUGUUUGCCCUCUGCUGGCUCCCGCUCAACAUCUUCAAUACCUUGUUUGACUGGAAUCAUAAGGCCAUCCCAUCCUGCCAGCAUGACAUAAUCUUCUCUGCCUGCCACCUCACAGCCAUGGCCUCCACCUGUGUCAACCCCAUAAUCUACGGCUUUCUCAACAGUAACUUCCAGAAAGAGCUAAAAUCUACCCUAUACCACUGCCGCUGCUGGGGGUCACCAGAGAGUUAUGAGAGCUUCCCUCUUUCUAUUGUCAGCACAGAGGUCACUAAGGGGUCAACCUUGAGCAAAGGAUCAAUGAGCAUGAAUGUACAGUCCUGACCCAUUCAGAAAAGGAGAGAGAAAGUAUAGAACUUCAAUCCCCAUUGUCUUAACCAUCCAUUGAAGGUUGACUUGUUGAGCUUUAUGCUGGAGCAAGGGUUGACAUGGCUGGAGUUGUUCAAAUUAGUCACAGGGGAAUGUUUUGUGUCUUAACAAUCAAUGGUUGGUCUCUUCGGUGGGCAUGGAGAGAAAUGGAAAAGUAAGAGAACACUGUGACCUAAGAUAGAUUUUACAGUGUCCUCAAUUAUAUACAGUGCAUUCAGAAAGUAUUAACAAAACAUGGCCAGUGAUUAAAAAAAUCUAAUCCAUUUUAAAAUUCAGGCUGUAAAACAACAACAUGUGGAAAAAGUCAAGGAGUGUGGUGUUAAAGCCUGAAUUUUAAAUGGAUUAAAUGUAGAUUUUUUUGGGUCACUAGCCUACUCCAUAUUAUGAAAGUAGAAUGAUGUUUUUUCAACAUUUUUACAAAUUAAUUAAAAAUGAAAAGCUGAAAUGCCUUGAGUCAAUAAGUAUUCAAUCCCUUUGUUAUGGCAAUCCAAAAUAGGAGUGAAAAGAGUAAACAAUUGCUUAACAAGUCAUAUAAAGUGUUUAACAUGUUUUUAAUGACUUCAAACCUACAGGUGUCCUUCCUAACUAAUUUGCCAGAGAGGAAGGAAACCGCUCAGGGAUUUCGCCAUGAGUCCAAUUAUGACUUUAAAACAGUUAGAGUUUAAUGGCUGCGUUAGGAGAAAACUGAGGAUGGAUCAACAACAUUAUAGUUACUCCACAAUUCUGACCUAAUUGAAAAGAAGGAAGCCUGUACAGAAAGAGAAAAAAAUCCAAAACAUGCAUCCUGUUUGUAACAAGGCACUAAAGUAAUACUGCAAAAAUUGUGGCAAAGCAAUUAACUUUUUGUCCUGAAUACAAAGUGUUGUAUUGGUUUGGAUUUGACCCAAACAUAUUACUGAGUACCAGUCUCCAUAUUUGUAAACAUAGUGGUGGCUGCAUCAUGUUAUUGGUAUACUUGUAAUCGUUAAGGACUGGGUAGUAUUUCAGGAUAAAAAUAAACUGAAUGGAGCUAAGCAUAGGAAAAUCAUGGAGGAAAACCUGCUUCAGUCUGCUUUCCACCAGACAAUGGGAGACUAAUUCACCAUUUAGCAGGACAAUAACCUAAAACACAAGACCAAAUUUACACUGGAGUUGCUUACCAAGACGACAGUAAAUGUUCCAGAGUGGCCGAGUUACAGUUUUGACCUAAAUCUGCUUGAAAACGUAUGGCAAGACCUGUAAAUGGUUGUCUAGCAAUGAUCAUCAACCAAUUUGACAGAGCAUGAAGAAUUUUGAAAAGAAUAACGGGCAAAUGUUGCACAAUCCAGGUGUGGAAAGCUCUUUGAGACUUACCCAGAAAGACACUGUAUUCUGUAUUUAAUUUUCAAUAAAAUCACUUUGUCAUUAUUGGGUAUUGUGUUUAGAUGGGUGAGAUUUGUAAAAUUUUAUUCAAUUUUGAAUUCAGGCUGUAAUACAAAAACAUGUGGAGUAAGUCUAGGGGUAUGAAUACUUUCUGAUGGCACUGUAUGUGUUGAUACAAUUUAGAGCACGUGUCAAACUCAUUCUGUGGAGGGCUGAUUGUCUGCAGGUUUCCGCUCCUCCCUUGUACUUGAUUGAUUAAUUAAGGUAAUUAAUUAGUAAGGAACUCCAGUUACCUGAUUGUCUAGGGCUUAAUUGAAUGGGAAAAAAAGAAAAAACAGCAGACACUCGGCCCUCCACUGAAUGAGUUUGACACCCCUGCCGUGGAGGAAGUCGAUGAGUUUAUGAAGGUGCAAAGGUCUUCUCCAGUGCAAACACUGUGGAGUAAAAGAUGUGGAUUUACACCAACAUAAUAUUUCAAUGUAUUAUUUAGGUCUCUAUAGAAUAUGUCAAGUUGGGAGGGGGUCGUGGGGGAUUGUUUUUGGCAUAAAAAAAAUAUGAGUACAGAAUAUUGUAUGGAACUUUAUUUAGAAACACAGUGUUUUAUUUGUUGUCUAAAGUUUGAUAAGCGAGAGGGAAAUCUAAUGAAUUGAAGGUGAUUUGUUGAUGUAAAAAUCUAAAUUUACAGACAUUUUGGCAAAUAAAAUGUGCCCUGUGAAAAACGUCUGAUGUGUUGUAAUAUUUAAACUUGCGUUGCAGCACAUUAUAAUUUAAGGAAUUCUAGGGGUCCACUCACAAAGCCAUCCCACUAGGUACAGACAUCAGUUCAAUGUCUAGUUUUGACUUACAUUUUGUUGAGUUGUCAACUAACGUGAAUUCAAUGUGAAAUCAACAAAAAUCACCAUGUCAUUGGAUUUAGGUAAAAAAUUGGUUGAAUAAUUUACUAAAUGCUCUUACGUUGAUGACCUUUUAAAAUUCCAUGCAAAUUUUCCACGUUGAUUCAAUGUCAUCACAGAUUUUUGGGGGUUGAAAUUAUGUGGAAACAACGUUGAUUCCAUCAGUUUGUGCCCAGUAGAAUGUUUGAAUAAUAUGUAAUUUUGAGAUUGUGCUUUUUCUCAAUGUUUUUACAGAAUUUGCUUUUAUUAUCCAGCUCACACUAUCCUUCCAGCCCUCCUUGUGUAAUUCCUUCCCUCAUUCCGGGACUCAUGGAAUAUACAUGUUAAGGGAUGCCAAGUGCCAACCACUUCCAAUGGUUAAUUUGUGAUACUGAUGAGGGUAUAGUUUUCCAAAAUAAGUUGUCAAUGAUUUCCUUCAUAGAUAUGAAUAAUGUGAUCUUUACACUUGCAAAUGAUUUGGCUAAGAUCACAUCAUGUCAAUGAAGUCCUCAGAAUUGGUUUGUAAACAUACCAAUGUAACAGAACAUAGUUAUAGAAUUUCAACAAGGAAAGACUUUGACAUGGACUGACAUUGAGAACUACUGAUUUAAAGCAGAGUGCCCGUCACGGACAUUCUACCCACCAAGGUUUACUGCUAAAUAUAUUACUGUCUAAGCAGCUGACUUUGAUAAUAAAAUGUGCUAUCCAACAACCAUAUAUCAAGCACCAUAUAACAAAAGAAAGAGAGCAGUAAAUGAAUACACUGUACUUUAUGAAUGCAGCACAUGGAACAAUAUCCUACUGUAUAUCCUUGCUCUCUCACUGAGGUCCACUGAGUCUUUGUAUGCACAGUAAUAUACCUAGUGCCAUGUUUAGAUGCAUUGUCUGCAUUGAACUCGAUAUGUCUCUUGCAUUGCCAUGUGGGACAAUUGGUUUAUAAUAUUAAUUUGGAAUCAAUCAUUCAACAUUUCCAUCUGUUCUCCCUCUAAUCUACUCUCGUAAACAGAUUUUCAUCCAUUACCUUUUGGCAGUUGCAAGAAUGAUUAUUCAAAAUGAUCAAACUGGAACUCAUUCAUGAAUGUGUGCAAUAUUUAGUUAUUACUAGAUUUGCAGGGUAAAAUGAGGUCCAGUUUGCCAUAUACAGUAGUGCAAAUAUCAGGCCAUAUUUUGUCUAAACAUUUGUAAGAUAGCUGCGUUUCUGUUUUCCUAUUAUGAAAAAAUGUCAAUUUAAAUAUAUGGCUCUUAGCCUCUGCAUAAUGUUAUCCAAUGUGCGAAGAACGUUCUCUGUCUACUGCGUAGUUAGCAAUGAGCUUUUAGAAGCAAGAUGAAGUGUUCUACAUUAUCUGUAUUCAUUUCUACAGCGAUAAUCUUUCACAAUGAAAAGUUACAAUACCAAUAGAUGUUACAGUAGCUAUACAAAAGUUCAAUAAAAUGUUAAUA